AUGACAACCUUCAAAUCCAUCCAAGACUGUGUGGAUUACCAUUUUCAUGACUCUACUUUACUCAAAGAAGCCUUCCUGGCCUCAGGGGCCCCUAUUUCGAAUAAGGACAUUGAAGGGCCCGUAAAGGGCAACAAGCGGCUCGCUCUCGUUGGUGACGCUGUGUUGCGCCUUGCUGUACUUGACGAGUGGUUCGAAAGUGGCACAAGUACAGCCGAGGGGCAUGGGCGAGUGGUGGAAGUUGGCACCAACGAGCGACUGGCAAAGGUUGCUGAGAAUUGGAAUCUUAAAAAAUAUAUGAUUGAGAACCCUUGUCAACAAGGAGAAGCUCCGAGAGAACUUCUCGCCUCGACCGUGGAGGCGAUCCUCGGUGCGGUGUGGCUGGACUCUUAUCAGGAUUUUGGGGAGGUGCAGAAGGUUUUUAAGAAGCUCUGCUCCUAG